UUAGGGACGAUGAGCGGUGAGUUUUGGUCAGGCGUUCUCGGCGGGCGCCCGGAUCUCGCCCUAACCCGUGGUGGUGCGGUCCCCGCUCUUGUGUCGGGAUCCGCCGCUAACGUGAAGCUGUGCUUGAUGUGGUUUCAGUGGUGACGACCCAGAGUUUCUUCAGUCAUGUCUGUGAGGGAAUCUUUUAACCCUGAAAGCUAUGAGCUGGACAAGAACUUCAGACUCACACGCUUUGCUGAGCUCAAGGGCACAGGCUGCAAGGUCCCCCAAGACGUUUUACAGAAGCUGCUAGAAACUUUACAGGAAAACCACUAUCAAGAGGAUGAACAGUUCCUGGGGGCAGUUAUGCCUCGGUUAGGCAUAGGCAUGGACACGUGUGUGAUUCCUCUCAGACAUGGUGGGCUUUCUCUGGUCCAGACAACAGACUACAUAUAUCCCAUUGUGGACGACCCCUACAUGAUGGGGAGAAUUGCUUGUGCCAAUGUUCUAAGUGACCUGUAUGCCAUGGGAGUGACGGAGUGUGACAACAUGUUGAUGCUUCUGGGAGUCAGCAACAAAAUGUCUGAGAAAGAGAGAGACAAAGUCAUCCCACUAAUCAUCCAGGGCUUUAAGGAUGCGUCAGAAGAGGCUGGCACAUCUGUUACAGGAGGACAAACGGUGCUCAACCCCUGGGUAGUGAUGGGAGGAGUUGCCACGACAGUCUGUCAGCCCAAUGAGUUCAUCAUGCCAGACAAUGCAGUACCAGGAGACGUGUUGGUGUUGACCAAACCUCUAGGAACACAAGUGGCUGUCGCAGUGCACCAGUGGCUGGAUAUUCCCGAGAAGUGGAACAAGAUCAAGCUGGUGGUAACCCAGGAAGAUGUAGAAUUGGCCUACCAUGAAGCUAUGAUGAACAUGGCCCGGCUCAACAGGACGGCUGCUGGUCUCAUGCACACCUUCAACGCCCAUGCAGCUACCGACAUCACGGGAUUUGGCAUCCUCGGACACGCUCAGACGUUGGCACGACAACAGCGAAGUGAGGUGUCCUUUGUCAUCCACAACCUUCCAGUUCUCGCCAAGAUGGCAGCCGUCUCCAAGGCCUGUGGGAACAUGUUUGGACUCAUGCACGGCACCUGCCCUGAGACAUCAGGAGGCCUGCUCAUCUGUUUACCCCGGGAGCAAGCCGCCCGCUUCUGUGCCGAGAUCAAAUCCCCAAAGUACGGAGAGGGCCACCAAGCAUGGAUCAUCGGCAUCGUAGAGAAAGGAAACCGCACUGCUCGAAUCAUUGACAAGCCCCGAAUCAUCGAGGUGGCACCGCAGGCAGCCACGCAGAACGUCAACCCGACACCUGGUGCAACUUCUUAAUUGUUUCCGUUUUGCCAACAUCACAGACCUGAACCCAAAAGCUCUGUUGAGAGAUUUUAGAUCCAUAAACUACAAAAACAUCAUCCUAGAGUGUUGAAAUAUUCACACAAAAUAGUAAGUACACAACAAAGACUGGGUUGGCGUGCGUCUGCGCGGAAGCAGCCCCACACAGUGGCCUCGGGGCAGUGAACUCACCCUGCAGUAAACCCCGUGAUAAGAAAUUGGGAAGAAAUAGAGCAUACGUGUAAUCCAUUUGCCUUUUGUGUCUGUUCUGUUUUUUUCCGGUGAAUGUGCUUGAUUGGCAGGCAGCUUCUGGCAAGAGAGUGAUGAUGAAGACAAUAAUUUCAUACCGUUGGUUCAUUUUGAAUCCCUGGAAGUUUGGAGUCCGUUGCCUCUUUGUCUCUUUUAAAAUCGCUCUCAUCAAACAAGCACACUGUGCUCGGGUGUUUUUGUUUGUUGUCCAUUCACAUUGUACAGUUUAAAAGCCUAGUUUUAGUACGUUACUGUAAGUGAUGCCUCCGAAGACAUAGAAUGACCAGAAUGGCUUUUUUUUUUUUUUUUUUAAUUACUUUAACUUUUUGUAUAAUCUCCACAUAAACGAAUAAAUAUUCAGUAAGAAAGAUGGUUUGUUCUCGCUACUUUGUAGCUACAGUCCUGUGAAUUACCUUAAACAAAUUGAUGAAGCGAUUCUGCUCCAUUGUGCGUUCUUGAAAGGUCAUAACGUAGUCAUAAAGGAAGUGAAAUCAUGUCCCAGUACGCCAUGUUAAUCAGCGACACCAUGCAACUUUCCUUGUAAACGAUCAAACUUUCUGAAGUUUCCACGGGUGUUCUGCCGUAGUCGGGGAGGUUGUUGCUUUUGUUUGGGAUCUGAUCUACUUUGUUUAUAUCAUGUUACCAGACGUAAUAGAACUGACCGUCAAAGUUUAGACCUUUUUUUUUUAAUCCUCAUAGAUAAAUCUGAAAAACCUCUGUAAAUGUUAGAAACAAGAUAAGGUCUCGAUCCCGCCUCUUACAAUAAACGUCUCUUAUAAUACACUCCUUUUCUGCGUUUUUAAUGUAUUCAAAUAUAUUUGAAUUUACAAGGAAGUGUUAGGGUCGGGCUCAUGAUUAAGAAACGUACGAUGGAUUUCCCUGGUUUAUAAUGUACAAACUAGUCAUGUGCGUUUGGUGUUCGAGUGUUUUAUUUAUGAAUAGAAAAUGACAUCCAAUUAUAAAGAGCAACUUCAUACAAGUGGCGUUAAACAAUGCAUUUCAAACAGUAUUGUGUUCUCAAGGCAAAUCUAUUUACAAGUGUCAUACGCCAAAACCAUAGGCCAUAAAUAAAGAUUAUGGUUUGAUGUUUUUA